AUGGCGGCCUCCAGCAGCUUUGAAGAGCUUUGCCGCCAGAAGAAUGUCGAUCCUGAGGAAUGGCGAAAAUCUCUGGCAACGCCGAUCAUGGCGGAGAAGUGCCUGUUGGACAUGAAUGAAGAGGAACUGCUUGCCCACCACCAGCGAGUUCUAGACCGAGCCAAUGCCACCAAAGAAGACCGUGCUCUAUUGGUUCUGGAGAGGACCCAGGAGGGGCGACUGGAGCGUCAGGCCUUGAAGGUUUGGGCGCAACAGAUGCGCGACGCUGAGCAGGUGAAAGCCGAACAGGUGCCAGAAAUGCUGGAAAGCCUGAGAUACGAAAUCUCGAACAACGAGGUUCACUUCCUUCUUCAUCAGUUCGGAGCCACCAAGGGCUUGGACAUGAUUCCAGAGCGUGUGCUGAGUCAACACCAGUGGCUUUGGUUGGUUGGGGAGUGCCAGAUUCUCAAGGAAUCCUACAAGCACGUGAAGCGAGAGGAGUGGGAAGCUGGAUAUGCCAACCAUGUUCAGAAACUUACGCUCCAGGAUGCUGCUGGCGUCCCGGAGGCAAGUGUAGGUGAGACAGGCUGGUGGUGGACCAACGGUGAAAAGGCUGGACAUGCAGCGGCCUUGAAGAAGUUCGCCUGGGGAAUGCAGCCCGAGAUCGAAGCUGAGCUCCUCCAAGAACUGGAGCUCUUCAUUGGACCCAGGAUCAAGGAUGCACCAGAUGGCGUGAAAAGUCCCAAUCUUUCGAUCCAAAAGGAAGCCAGCACAGCCAUUUUCAAAAUGCAGCAGCUUUCAGUGCACACGAUUAUUGCCUUGCAAACUGCCUUGCUGAUUUUCCUGCAGUUUGGAGAGAAGGCUUUGCCUUCUCUUUUUGCUGCGCGAAAGGCUUGCCAUGCCGGAAGUGGUGCCCUGAUGCUAUUGCUGGAUUCACGAGAUCCAAUUGCCAGGGCCUUCAUCUAUGUGGUGGUGGUUAGCUCUCUGGCGAUGACAUGGCGGCUAGUGCCCAAGUGGGUCCCAAGCUUCCGCUUCGGAGAUGUCUACGAUGUAGGAAUCUCAGUGUACUUGUUGAUUGUCUUUGCCUGGUUCUACCUCCAGCAGCCCGUGGCUGCUUUGGCACCGCUUUUUUUCGCAGAUCCAGCUGGAGCUGUGGUUGGAAAAUUUUGCUCCAAGAGAGGUUUUAAUCGCGCAUGGUGGGAGAACAAGACCAUCAUGGGGACCUUGGCCGUGCUGGUGGUGGCAUACCUCAGGCGGCUGGCGAGGAUCUGGGGACCACAGAGAUUGCUGAGAUUGCUAAGCUGCCAAUGGGGCCCCAGUUAUCAAACUGGUGCGGCUUCACCUUUCUGCACGGCCAGUUUGGAUGCUCCCACCUAUCCGAGGGUUCUGCUCGCUGUACUUUGCGCCUUGGCUGAAGCCUUUGGAGGUGCACUUCCCAUCCCGUGUACUUCCACGGAUGGCGUUAAGAGAAAGAAGCUGUCUCCUCCGGAAUUGAAACUGUACCUGUACUUCUACUUCUUUGUUUUCUGCAUCAGCAUCGGCGCUAUGGCCGUGGCCCUCAGCAUGCGCAUUCCUCAGGGCGUAAGCCGAGCUGUUGAGGAUUUGGCCGAUGAGGAUGAUUUGGAUUUGCGCUGGCUGGAGGAUCGACUUACUUGGGCGGCCCGUCUUGGUGACGCAGCGCAAGCACUGCGUGGAUGGGAAACUGACUCCGAGAUCAGUGAGUUGGAGAGGUGGCGAUCCCUAGAGGAGAUGGCAAAGCUGCGAUGUGAAAAGAGGCGUGAAGCAAGCAAAUUGGAGAAGCUGGAAAAGCGCUUGCAUUUGGUUUCUACCAGCUGCGUUGAGGCUCAGAGUCAGUUGGCCGGCUUGAAAAGAGAGCGUGACUUGCUGAAGGACUGUGUCCAAGAACUGCUGGUGCUUACUCAACCGGGAUCGAAAGCUUUGUCGCGUUCCGAGGUGGUUGCAAGCCCUGGACGGCAAAGAUCUCCAGAGGUGUCGGCCAAAGGUGCCACAUCCCUGGGUCCGCCAGUGGCACGUACUCCGCAAGGAGCCACUCCACGCUCGGCAAGGAGUGGUGGUGCAGCUACUCCCAAUGUAUUGACGGUCCCCAGCCGUCGGGUUCGCUUUGAUGACAAGCUCAUGGAGUCACCACGUGAGCCUCGUGUUCCAUUGCCUGCAGGGCAGGUUUGGCACUAUGUGCCCAUCCUGAAGCAUCUCCCAGCAGAACCUGUGACGCAGCAGGAGCCAACGGCAGUAGCUGGAGAACAUCCAGGCAGUGCCAGGAGGUCGCGGUCACCCACACCUUCUGCACAGAGCGACAAUGGCGAGGCUCUUCCAACAAUGGACUCAGCACGCCUUGCGCAAGCGUCAGGGGAGCCUGUGGUCAGGCAAGAUGCAUCCUGCGGCCAGGUGCAGUUGCCCCGCUGGGCCGCGGCCUCUCCUCCGGCCGCGCCGCAGCUGAUCCACGUGGCGUCGGCGCCGCGGCUGGUGCAGGGGCCAGGACAACCAGUCCCAGCAGUUCAGCCGUGGAUUCUUCGACAGCCCAUAACGCAGAUGGUGCCGCGACCAGCCGCUCCGGUGACCGUGCGGCGAGUGGUCCAAAGAUCCUGAUGUGACGAGAUAGCGAGGGGG